CUCCUUUUUAAAUUGCAGUGCCCACAGCACCAGCUCCUCCAAUCAUAACUCACCACCUUCUCCAUCUCUAGAUUCAUUUUCUUGGGGAAGGACUGGUUUACUCUCUGCUUUUAGUUUUUCCCCUCAAUUUCAUCAUCAAAUUAACCCUUUUUCUCCUUCACAAACCCCAACAAUCUCACCACAUAAUUCAUAAACUAGAAAAUUUUUUUCAUCAUUCUCUUUCCUAAACCAGAUGUCAAACACUCCUGACUCCCCCCCUUUCCAAUUUUAGAAAUCAAGAUCCUGUUCAGUUUUAUCUUUGGUUUUCUUGUUCUUGUUCUUGAAUCUUGAGGUUUAUCAAUCUAGUUCUGAAGAAACACUUUUGUUUGAUUUUAACAAAGUGGGUGUCUUAAAGAUUUGAUUUUGACAUCUGGGUCUUUUUCAGAAUUGUAUUUGGAUGAAUUUGGAUGGUGGAGGGUUUUCUUGUUCUUGAAUCUUGAUGUGUAACAAUCUACCUUUGGGGGGAAAUUAACCACUUUAGUUUGAUUUUAACAAAGUGGGUGUCUUAAAGAUUCGAUUUUGAUAUCUGGGUCUGUUUCAGAAUUGAAUUUGGAUGAAGUGGGAUUCAGGAAGUUGGAUGGUGGAGGGGGGUUUACCUAUAAAGAGCACUAUUUGGACCCCUGUUGAGAACAAAUUGUUUGAAAAUGCUUUAGCAAAGUAUGAUAAAGACACCCCUGAUCGGUGGCAGAAGGUGGCGGAGAUGGUUCCGGGGAAGACGGUGGCGGAUGUCAAGCGGCAGUAUAAGGAGUUGGAAGAUGAUGUGAGUAGUAUUGAAGCAGGGUUGUCACCAAAGUACAGGUAUAAUCAUAACAUUAAUAAUAAUAGUCCUUUUACUUUAGAAUGGGGGGAUGGUCAUGAGUGCAAAUCUCCGCCGUAUGGUGGCGGUGGGACCCUGUCUCCGGUGGCUGUGGUGGCCGCCGGCCGCCCUGUUGAACAAGAAAGGAAAAAGGGUGUUCCUUGGACUGAAGAAGAGCACAAGUUGUUUCUUUUGGGGCUAAAGAAGUAUGGAAAGGGAGAUUGGAGGAAUAUAUCAAGAAACUAUGUGGUAACAAGAACACCAACACAAGUUGCAAGUCAUGCUCAAAAGUAUUUUAUCCGGCAGCUUUCGGGUGGGAAAGAUAAAAGAAGAGCAAGCAUUCACGACAUAACAACGGUUAAUGUCAACGAAAGUCAACCCCUUUUGCCGAAAAAUAAAAGAACAUCGCCGGAGCAAUGUAAAGUUCAAUGGAAUCAGCCCAAUGAUGGUGGUGGUGGUGGUGGUGUAGCCGCGGCAUUUAACCAAAUGAAUGGUAAUGUGUUCAUGGGUUCUCAAUAUAGAGGUAAUAUAGGGUUUAGAUCCGGUGGUGGCGGUGUAAGUGAGCUUUAUGGUGUGCCUCAGAGCAUGAGUUUUCAGAUGCAACCAGCAAUGCAUUAUCCUCAUGGAUGAGUGAAUGUUUUAAUGGUAUGUAGCGAUUUUGGAAAUGGUUGAUUUCUUCUUGGUUUGAUUUGAGUAGUUUUUUUCUUAGUUAUGUUUUCAUGGUGAGUUUGUUCUCUUUUUUUGUGGUGUUAUCUAUAAUGUGAAUAUUAUAGUUGUCUAGCACCUUAUGAUCA